GGAAAAUUCACUGCCGUUGCUCAACGGAGGUCCUUCACUUUCCCUUCUCGUGUGCGUGUGUGCGUGUGUGUGUGGCAUCAAGUCAGAAAAGAAGAGGGAAAUUCAACGCAAUACAGAAGACUGUGCUCUGAACCCCACAACCACGAGAAGAAACAUCAUUCAGCAUGAAUGAAGAUAGUCAAGAUAUGCUUCUCCACAAGUGUUUCCAUUUCAAAGAAACGGACCUGUCUUAUCAAUUAUUAAAACAGCUUAAUGCCCUACGGCAAGAGGAGAUAUUGACCGAUGUCAUUCUUUGUGCUGGAGACAAGGAAGUCCCUUGUCACCGAAAUGUAUUGGCAUCAAGUAGCCCUUAUUUCAGGGCCAUGUUUUGCAACAACUUCAAAGAGAGCUUCCUAACCCGUGUCCAUUUGUUGGGGAUCCAUGUGGACAUUCUAACUCAGAUUGUGGAUUAUGUCUAUACUGGAGAGAUCACCAUAAAUGCAGCAAAUGUUUUUUGUUUGAUGGAGGCAGCUGGUAUUUACCAGUACCCCAAAGUGCUUGAGGCGUGCUCAUUAUACUUGCAAAAUCAAUUAUCGGCUGAGAACUGCCUUGGCAUGGUGAGAAUGGCCCAAAUAUUCAACUAUGCAAGUUUGGAGAAAAAGGCAAAAGCAAUCGCCUUGCAACGCUUCCCGGAGGUUGCAUCCUCUGAGGACUUGAAAGAGCUCUCCUGCACUGAACUUGCGGACUAUCUGGGAGAUGAUGAACUCUGUGCCGAGGAAGAGCAGGUUUUUGACACGCUCACAACCUGGAUCAACCAUGACCCAAAGACCAGGCAGAAACACGUGCAUGAGCUCCUUGAGAAAGUUCGACUCCAGUAUGUCCACCCCACCUACCUAUUUCACUUCAUUGCCAAUAAUCCCUUUGUUCAGUCAUCGCCUGUUUGCAGAAGCAUCUUGGAAUCAGCCAGCCGACUGCUCUUUUCCUUGAGCCCUUCAAACAGCCCUGACAUUAUGCCCAUGUGGUAUGUCCCACGCAGGUACCCCUCCCAGGAGUUCCUGGUCAUUAUUGGAGGGAGGAAGAGUAACCAGCAGAUUACAAGAGAGGCAUUACUAUAUGAUUCAAGGACGCAGCAGUGGCUGGCACUUUCUAAGCUUCCUCUAAAUCUCUACAAAGCUUCUUCAGUGUGUUUACACAGUAAUAUAUACAUCCUUGGAGGACUGAUCAUUGAUAAUAAGAAGACUGUUGUAAGUGCAAGUGUUUAUAGUUUCUCUUUGAAAGUGAACCGUUGGAGGUCUGAAGUAAAUAUGUUGGUGCCAUGCUACUCUCAUCAGACGAUAGCGCACAUGAACUAUAUUUUCUCCCUGGGAGGGAUUGGGCCAAGUCAAGAGACACUGAAUACACUACACAGAUAUGACAGCAUUUUCAGCAUCUGGGAAUCAAUGGCACCCAUGCCCGUUGCUGUGCUCCACCCAGCUAUGGCUGCCAAGAACCAAAGACUCUAUGUUUUCGGUGGAGAAGACAUUGUAAAGAAUGCCGUUCGCCUGAUACAGGUUUACAAUAUAUCAAGGAAUAUGUGGUUCAGAAUGGAGACAAGGAUGGUUAAAAACAUCUGUGCACCUGCAGCUGUGAUUGGCGACAAGAUUAUUAUUGUUGGAGGAUAUACAAGAAGAGUGAUUGCCUUUGACACAAAGUCAAGCCAAUUUGUAAAAUGUGCCGAUAUGAAAGAGAGGAAGAUGCAUCACGGAGCUACUGUUAUAAACAACAAGGUCUAUGUUACUGGAGGACGUUACAUCACAUCAAACAACAACAUUGAAGACAGUGAUGCGUUUGAUUGCUAUGACCCGGAGACAGACAGCUGGAUAUCAAAAGGAAGGCUGCCACAGAAACUGUUUGACCAUGGCUGUUUAACACUGCAUAGCAUCUUCCACAAGUCCCCUACGCUUUGAUUAACUCAAAGAUGGACGAGCCGAUGCCUCUUCUACUGAGGAUCUAUCUCUGGCUUCUGAUUAGGAGAAGUCAGAGAAAACCAAACAGUUGCUAGUAAGGGUGGGCUGCAAGUUAAAAAGCUCGUCAGAGUCAGCUAUUGGAUCAAGCAAUAGCGUGCAAGAUGCAGUGCGAGGAAAAUAUCUUGACAGCCAGAGUCUCCAGGAGGUCUCCUGAGAAAAGGCUGACAUCAGCAAGAAAGCAAGCAGACGUUUCAUCCUUGACUCCGCAAAGCACCUCCCAUAGUGAGGGGGGAAAAUCAGUAAUAGAGUUAUCCCAGGCUACUGACUCAAGCUCCCCAAGCGAGUGCAUCACUUGGUCAUAAGGAAAAGCAUUUAUAUAGCACCUUUCACAGACUCAGGAUGUCCAAAAGUGCUUAUAGUCAAUUAAUUACUUUUGAAAUGUAGUCACUAUUGUAAUGUAGGAAACAUGGAAGCCAAUUUGUGCACAGCGAGAUCCCACGAGCACAUAAACUGUUUUAGAGAAGUUGGUCUUCUUUGAAAAAGUGCCAUGGGAUCUUUCUUAGUCCACAUGAGAGGGACAAUAGGGUCUCCAUUUACUGCUUCAUCUGAAAGAUGGUGCCUCCAGCAGUUCAGCACUCCCUCAGUGCUGUACCGGGAGCGUCAGCUUGGAUCUCGUGGUUAAGUCUCUGGAGUGAGUCUUGAACAGACAGUCACGUCUGACUCAGAGACUAAAAGCAGUACCCACUGAGCCAAAGCUGACAACAGACUGCCUUGUAACCACAUAGAGAAAGAGAGGGGUUGAUAACAUCAUUUAAAAAGAAUCAGUAUAAUAAAAGUGUUGCUCAUUCAAAUGAGAUUAAUCAUACUGUCUAACUGACCGAUUUUUAUCUAGUAGAACUGUUCAUUUUAAGUUGAUGAUGCAAGAUAGCAUUAAUUACAGUAUAGAGUCAUAGAGUUACACAGCACA